CAAGUAUUAAUAGAGGGCCGCGGGUGGCAGCCGGCUGCCACUGCACCCGCGGGAGGCGAAGUGCACGGGCUCGGCGGCCGGUGGCUCCCGGGUCUUAGUGCCGGCCAGGGUCCCGGCGCACCAGCGUGUCCCCGGAGGCGCCACCUCUGCCCGGGCAGACUGCGCUGCAGCAGCCGGCGCGGCAGCCACGAGGAGCGGCGACCGGGAGCGCCAGUGCCCGCAGCGCCCGGUGCACGGAGAUAUUGAUCAGCAAGAGAUGGCUUUUCCAAGCAAGAAGAGUGCUAUUCUGGUGGAUGGAGUUGUACUGAAUGGUCCAACCACAGAUACAAGGGCAGGAGAAAAAUUUGUUGAGGAGGCCUGUAGGAUAAUAAUGGAAGAAGUCAUUUUGAAAGCUACUGACGUUAAUGAGAAGGUGUGUGAAUGGCAGCCUCCGGAACAGCUGAAGCAACUUCUUGACUUGGAGAUGAGAGACACAGGCGAGCCACAUGACAGGCUGUUGAAACUCUGCAGAGAUGUCAUCCGCUUCAGUGUCAAAACUAACCACCCAAGAUUUUUCAACCAACUGUACGCUGGACUUGAUUAUUACUCUUUGGUGGCCCGGUUUAUAACAGAAGCACUAAAUCCUAGUGUUUAUACGUAUGAGGUGUCCCCAGUGUUUAUAUUAGUGGAAGAAGCAGUUCUGAAGAAAAUGAUUGAAUUUAUUGGCUGGGAAGAAGGAGAUGGAAUAUUUAACCCAGGUGGUUCAGUGUCCAAUAUGUAUGCAAUGAAUUUAGCUAGAUACAAAUACUGUCCUGAUAUUAAGGAAAAGGGGCUGUCUGGGUUGCCAAGAUUAAUCCUUUUCACAUCUGCAGAGUGUCAUUACUCCAUGAAGAAGUCAGCCUCUUUUCUGGGCAUUGGCACUGAGAACGUGUGCUUUGUGGAAACAGAUGGAAGAGGUAAAAUGAUACCUGAAGAACUGGAAAAGCAGGUCCUGAAAGCCAGAAAAGAGGGGGGAGCACCAUUUCUUGUCUGUGCCACGUCUGGAACAACCGUGCUAGGCUCCUUUGAUCCGCUGGAUGAAAUCGCAGACAUCUGUGAGCGGCAUGGCCUCUGGCUCCAUGUGGACGCUUCUUGGGGUGGCUCUGCUUUGAUGUCAAGGAAGCACCGCAUGCUUCUGCGUGGCAUCCACAGAGCUGACUCAGUGGCCUGGAACCCACACAAGAUGCUGAUGGCUGGAAUCCAGUGCUGUGCUCUACUUGUGAAAGACAAAAAUGAUCUUCUUAAGAAAUGCUACUCAGCCAAGGCAUCAUACCUCUUCCAACAGGAUAAAUUCUACGAUGUCAGCUAUGAUACAGGAGACAAGUCUAUCCAGUGCAGCAGGAGACCAGAUGCAUUCAAAUUCUGGAUGACCUGGAAGGCCCUGGGGACAUUAGGCCUUGAAGAAAGAGUUAACCGUGCUCUUGCUUUAUCUAGGUACCUUGUAGACGAGAUCAAGAAAAGAGAAGGAUUCAAGUUACUAAUGGAACCUGAAUAUGCCAAUAUUUGCUUUUGGUACAUUCCACCAAGCCUCAGAGAGAUGGAAGAAGGACCAGAGUUCUGGGAAAAACUUAGUUUGGUGGCCCCAGCCAUAAAGGAGAAGAUGAUGAAGAAGGGAAGCCUCAUGCUGGGCUACCAGCCCCACCGGGGAAAGGUGAACUUUUUCCGCCAAGUGGUGAUUAGCCCUCAAGUGAGCCGGGAGGACAUGGACUUCCUGUUGGAUGAGAUAGACCUGCUCGGUAGAGACAUGUAGCUGUGGCUUCGGGCCUCUCAGAGCUGUGGAUCGUGUGCCGGGCCGGGCAGGGCAUCCAGAGACACAUAGUAGAUUAUAGUCUUUUCUGAGAAAUAGGAAUUGCUUCCAUGCAGGCAUUGCAAAACAAGUUGUUAAGCAAUGGCAAUAAGGACUCUUAUUGCCUGGGCUCUAAUGUUGGUAUAAAGGAAGAAGUUUUUAAAAGAAUGAGUUUCUCAAGGAUUGUCUCUGGGCAUAACCUUGAAGACAGUUUAAUAAAUACCAUAUGGGUUUUCAGUUCUAAUGUGACACUGCUCCUUAAUGAACAUAUAAACUAAUAGUUUAAAGUGAUGAUUCUCAAAGAAUUGUUCUUGUCGUGGCAGCAUCAGCAUCACCUGGAAACUUAAAAAAUGCAGAUGCUCAAUUCUGGGAGUGUGACUCAGUGUUCUGUGUUUUAACAAGCCCUCCAGGUGAUUUUUAUGCAUAGUGUAAUCUGAGAAGCAUUUUUUUAAAUCUCGUAUUGAUUGAUUAAUCUUGAUGUUUUGCCAGUAAAGAGUAUCAGUAGCCCUUGAGCCACUCUUUGAAAAAUACAAAUUUGACAUUUGUAGUACACAUUUUAAAAGCAUCAGGAGCAUGUCAAAAUUAUUUUUUAAGACAGACAAUAUGAAGACAUAUGUUUUUAUAAACUAUAUACAGACGUGUUUUAUGCAAACUGAAUGUUUACUUUCAAAAGUUAAAAUUAACUCAUUUAUUUUAAUUUAUCUAAAUUAGAGAUGAAGCUAGAACAGAAAAACACUUUGAAGUGUAGCUUUUUCAAUCGAUGAACAAUAAUCCUAAUUCACUUCCCCAGAUCAUUUGUAGCAUUAGCUACGAGUAGACAUUGCAUAUUAUAUAGGUGUGUGUCUGAGUCCCUCUCUUAGAUUCAGGGGCCCAUUUCUACCUUGCUCUCUGCCUUGUAGUGAAUAACCAGAAUGAAGCCCGGGGUUGUAUAACAUUCCCGUUUCCAACCUUCCACGUGUCAGUGUAGACUUUUAACUGGUUGACAGCAGGUGGAGAAUCUAAGAAUAGAGGCUUUUUGGUGGAAAUAUCUCCAUUUCUUCUGAGAAUGAAAGAUUAUAAUUUCCUGAUCCUUAGCCUAGAUGUUUAGGAAAGUUUCAUUUGGCUAAUGAGUGGAUGAAAUUCAGAGAUGCGGCUGCAGAGUUAAAACUGUGUUGAAAAUGAAUGAUUGAAAA